AUGAAGAAAACUCUUGGCGCAUUCAAUGCAUUAAUAAGUCUUGGCCCAAAACACAGCAGCCAUGAAUUAAUUAUCACCAGCCUAUCAAACUUUAGCCCACGGCUCAAUUCCAUCCAGCAGGAUCUCUCGGCCUUACCUUCACCAAUGAAUCAGCCCAAAGCAGCUCCUCUAACAUCCGGAUUCUCGUCAUAUGUUGUCCGCAUAUCUUCAUUCACCUCCAGGAUAUCUCCUUCAGUCACCAUGAUUUCCUCAUCAGAAAACACAAAGUCUAGAGAAUCUCUCUCUGGGUUAAAUGAGGUUCAGGAGCUGGAAUUUCGACAUGAUUCAUUGAUGUUAGAGACAUACAAAAUUGGUGCCUGGAUGGAUUUUUCUAGAAUUCAUGUUAGCAAACGGGCCCUUCAUUUUUUCAACCUUGUCAAGUGUAGCGAUUCAUCCUAG